GGCUGCGGGAGGGGCGUCAGAGGCACCCUGAAGUCACCUGACCUCGCCCUUUCUCCUGCCAGCAUGUGAGUGCCACCCCCAGGGCUCACUGAGUGCCGAGUGUGCCCUGCGGGGCGGGCAGUGCCGCUGCCGUCCUAACGUCACGGGCCGGACCUGUGACCGCUGUGAGCCUGGGACGUACGGCCUGGGCCCUGGCGGCUGCAGAGGUGAGCCUCGGCCGGGCGCAGGCCGGGGCGCGCCUCCUCUGCCCGCCCCAUGGCCCUGUCGUUCCCACAGAGCGCGGCUGCCACUCCGCGGGCGCCACCAGCGCCGCCUGUGGCCCGAUGAGCGGGCAGUGCCCUGCUGGGCCGGCCUGGCUGGUCGCCGCUGUGACCGCUGCCUUCAGGGCCACUGGGGCUUCCCGCGCUGCCAGCCCUGUGCCUGCAAUGGGCACGCUGAGGCGUGCCACCCGCUUUCCGGCGCCUGCCAGGCCUGCCUCGGAGCCACGGCAGGCUGGCACUGUGAGAGGUGGGUGCUGCCCGGAGAGUGUGGGAGGGCUGGGGGGAGCGGCCGGACCACCCAUGUGCUGCCGCCCAGGUGCCUGGACGGCUACUACGGAGACCCCGCGCUGGGCUCAGGCCAGCGGUGCCGGCCCUGCCUCUGUCCCGGGCGCCCUGGCUCCGGCUUCUAUCACGGGACGUCCUGCCACCUGGCUGGCACAAGCGGGCGAGUCCAGUGCCUCUGCAGGCCUGGCUAUACAGGUGAGGUGCGGGCGGUUGGCAGACCGGGCUGCUCACCGGGCAUCAUCCCUGCGCCCCGAGGCUGGCCUGUGCCAGUGCCACCAGCAGGCUCAGCGGCAGCCGGCCCUCCCCGGGCUCCGCGGGGCAGGAGGGGCCACGGGAGGAGUCACCGGCACGGAGCGUGGGCGCCGGGAGGUGGGCCUCAGCGUGGCCAUUGUGCCUGCCCUCCGGCCGCCCUGGCCUUCUGGGAGUGAGGGCCGCACGCACCGCCUCCCAGGGCCCCACUGUGACCGCUGCGCCGCCGGCUACUUCGGGCGCCCUUGGCCAGCGGAGGAGCCCGGGAGGAGCCCCUGCCGGCCCUGCCAGUGCAACAACAACAUCGACCCCGGCGACCCCGCCGCCUGCGACCCGCGCACGGGGCGCUGCCAGCGCUGCCUGCACCACAGCCACGGCCCCGGCUGUGCCCACUGCCGGCCCACUGUGUGGUCCCUGUGA